CGCAGGAUGACCCCUAGAUGGACCUGACCUGUUCGCCAAGCUCAAGAGGAGAAGGAGCCCUGCCCACUUCAUGCUGUGCUUCAUCAACAUCACGACCAAGCCAGCCCUCAAGCAAAAGAGUGUUAUGAUUUUCAAUAGUGAACUAAUGCGCCAAAGGAAGCUUGUGAAAACUUUGAGGAAGAAAUCCUUGUGGUCCAGACCUUUGGAGGAUACUGUAGAAAAGCUUGUCGAUGCCAUCAUUUUUCUGCAUAAACAAACCCUGGAUGCAUUCAAUGAAGCUGUUCCUAUAGGUGCCGCCUUCAUGGAGCAAGGUCAGAACAAAAGGCUAGGUUCAUGUGGUCUCACACUACAUUAUGCUAACAUCAUCAAUCAAACUGAAGAUAUAGUCACCAUUAUAAUGCCUUUGCAUCCACAAGUUUCUAGAGGUGCGUUUGCUGAGCUAAAAGGAUCUUCUGCUAGAAUAGGUUUCUACCUAAAGGCAGAUCUUAUAUUUUGCGCUUUUGUCUGUGAUGUAAUACUGGCAUAUGAACGUACAUAUGUAUGCAUGUGUGCAUGUAGACCGGAUGGAUGGUUGUGCUUUUAGCUUGUUCUGUUACUGGACUUGUAUGCCUAUGUGUGCAUAUAUGCAUGCAUGACGGAUCUUUGUGCUUUUGGAUGUCCUGCACUUGUGAACCUAUGUAUGGAUGAUAUAUUACUUAUAUA